AUGUCUGAGUCGGAAGAAAAUAGUAGUUCCGUGCCAGAGAGCAGAGAAUCGGAAGGUGAACCAAUGCAAACGCCCGAAUGCCAGGAGGGUGAAAAUAGAGAAAAGCAUAGUGCGAUCGUUGCUUCGCAUUACAACAGCAUCGAGGAACGUGGGCUAGUGGCACGGAAAAAGUCAAACAUUUACUUUAUGCGAAACUUCAACAACUGGAUCAAGAGCUGCGUCAUAGAAAAGUACACCGCGCUAGUAAAAGGGAAGACACCGCUGGGUUCUCCGUUCCGGGUGCUGGAUAUGUGCUGUGGGAAGGGUGGCGAUCUGAACAAAUGGUCUAACGCGCGUGUGACGCAUCUAAUCUGCACAGACAUUGCGCAAGUAAGCCUGGAGCAGUGUGAGAAUCGUUUCAACACUAUGAACCAAAAGGACCGAGACUUUCAGCGGAAACCGAAGGUGGAAUUUUUCGCUGCCGAUGCAACACUGCAGCAGCUCCGGUCCAAGUAUCAAGACCCGUCGAUCAAGCUGCACAUGGUUAGCUGCCAGUUUGCGUUUCAUUAUUCAUUCGAAUCUUUCAAGCAAGCGGACUGUAUGAUGAAAAAUGCGGCCGAAUGUUUGGAUGAAGGGUUUUACUUCAUUGGCACAAUGCCGGACGCGAACGAGCUCAUGAAACGGCAGCGCAGGGCAAUGUCGGACACGUUCGGGAACGACAUUUAUCGCAUCCAGUUCCAGUGCGAUACGGACAAUCCGCCACUGUUCGGAGCCAAGUACAACUUCCAGCUGGAUGAGGUGGUGGAUUGUCCAGAGUUUUUGGUACAUUUUCCAACGUUCGAAAAGUUGGCCCUAAAGCACGGUUUGCGGCUGGUGGAGAAAAAGCGUUUCGACGAGCUGUUUGAUGAACAUUGCAGCCGUAAGCUGGGGUUGCUGGAGAGGAUGCAAGCAUUGGAAACGUAUCCACCGCAUCCAAACGCUCGGUUUAGCGCCGGCGAGCAAACGAAGGAUGCGGAGCAAUACAAACAUGCAGAAGUGUUUGGCCGGCAGAUGCCCAGUCAACAUCAGUUCCGUGUGGGGACGCUUUCACAGCAAGAGUGGGAAGCGGCAACGCUUUAUCUAUUUUUCGCAUUUCAAAAGAUGAAAACAAGCUACGACGCGAAAGGUAGACCAGUAUACUCCUGAGAACCGCGGCAUCG